AUGCCUGGAAUUAGUAUUGUGGCGUUAUUUUCCGCAGACUCUGCUAUGGUGUUAAAUUUGUAUUGGAUCUUCAGUGACGCCACUAUAGUUUCAAUCGAAAUAGAUGAACUAAUGCGUGCACUGCUCGUUCUGAUGUCUUUCCGCAGCAUUGUGCGUGAUGUAAGGGAUGGCUUUGGGAGCUUGUCUCGAAGAGGGUUUGAGGUGAAGCUUCUUGGCCACCGCAGAGGGAGAUCUCAUGGCGCUGUCCAUGAGCUGCAUGAUCCAGCCCCGGUGAUCCAGAGCAGUUGUUGGGCUAAUUUGCCCCCAGAAUUGCUUCGGGAUGUGAUUGAGAGGUUGGAGGCCAGUGAAGCCACUUGGCCUAACAGGAAGAAUGUAGUCUCUUGUGCAGCUGUUUGCCGAACCUGGAGAGAGAUCUGCAAAGAGAUUGUUAAGAAUCCAGAGUUUUCUGGAAAAAUCACUUUUCCUGUGUCCUUAAAGCAGCCUGGGCCUCGAGAUGUAACCAUCCAGUGCUUCAUCAAAAGGGAUAAAUCUACUCAAACUUACUACUUGUAUCUGUGCCUUAGCACAGCUGUGCUUGUUGAAAGUGGCAAGUUCCUCCUAUGCGCGAAACGAACCUCCCGUCCAACUUGUACAGAAUAUACAAUAUUUAUGAAUUCUGAAAAUUUAUCUAGGUCAAGCAAAAUGUACAUUGGAAAGCUGAGGUCAAAUCUCCUCGGCACAAAGUUUGCAAUAUAUGAUACCCAGCCUCCAUGCAAUACAUCACAACCAGGGAAAACAAGCCAUAGGUUCUACUCCAGGAAGGUGUCGCCAAAGGUCUCUUCCAGGACCUACAACAUAGCACAGGUUUCAUAUGAGCUGAAUGUCUUGGGUACUCGGGGCCCUAGGCGGAUGAACUGUGUUAUGCACUCCAUCCCUGCCUCAUGCCUUGAGGCUGGUGGCACUGUUCCAUGCCAGCCGGACAGCAUCCUUGCUCGCUCCAUUGAUGAGUCAUUUGGCAGCAUUUCCUUCUCCAAGUCAUCUGUUGUGGACCAUUCUAUGCGUUUCAGCAGCACAAGAUUCUCUGAAAUCUCAAUGAGCAGCCACACGAUCAGAGACACGGCAUUGGGAGACAAUGACGAGUGCAAGGAGAGGCCAUUGAUUCUCCGUAACAAGGUCCCAAGGUGGCAUGAGCAGCUGCAGUGCUGGUGCCUCAAUUUUAGGGGCAGAGUGACAGUUGCAUCUGUCAAGAACUUCCAGCUUGUUGCCACUACGCAGCCCGCCGCUGGAGCCCCAACCCCAUCACAGGCUACCCCGGUGCCGCCGCCUGAGCAUGAAAAGGUGAUCCUGCAAUUCGGGAAGGUGGCCAAGGAUAUGUUCACAAUGGACUACCGUUAUCCACUGUCAGCCUUCCAGGCCUUUGCAAUCUGCUUGAGCAGCUUUGACACCAAGCUGGCCUGCGAAUAA